AUGACUAAUACCUUCUCAACCACUCUUAACAAACCUUCUUUCGACUUGCAAGUCAAUGUAGGCUUCAGAACUGCAGUCAACACAUCCAGUGUGGCAAACCAAACAUGUAACGCUGCCUUUGCUAUCGAUAACAACCUCGCAACUUGCUUCUCUUCCAAUAAGGAACUCGAUCCUUGGAUUAGAGUUGGCCUACCUGGGGAUCUGUUUAUUUACAAAGUACUGAUCAACGACAGUCAUUUUCACGGGAGCGGCGAGCUGUACCAGGUUCAAGUUUUGACACCUAAUCGGAAAGAUACUCCAGUGAAGUGUUACAGAAAUAACAAAAGCGCAGGAUUAGUGUUUGACUGUGUUCCCCCUGUAAAGGGCAUGGCCGUACAAGUAAGCAAAGAAGGAAACUGUACAUUGACUGUCUGCGAAUUACACAUCUCUGGAAUAGACUCCAAAUCUGAUGGAAAUGGAGUGAUGAGAGAGUUGUGGACUAUCAGCAAUUCGGAUGACUACGAAUUAACUGAAACAGAUGAAGAGACUGUGAGUGGAUGGCAUUUCAUUAAAACUCUUGACGCACCAUCCGAGUAUGGCUUUGGCUAUGUACAGAAAUUAACUACAUAUUUACAGAUUAAACAAGGUGGAAACUUUACUUUUUAUUUGACAUGUGCUGAAAGAUGUGAGCUAUGGCUUGAAACAGUGAACGACUUAAACCCGAGCAUGGAUUUAGACCAAACUAUUCUAGUGCAGUUAAAGGAGUCGACUAAAGAUUGGAACAGCCGCCCAAUCGAUCAAAGCUCCGGUUUUGGGUAUCUCUCUGAGUGCUAUUUUUACAAAAUGGAAGUUUUCAUGUCAAACGAUUUUUCCUCUCACGACCAUUUGGCUGUCGGAGUGAUGUUACCCAAUGGAACAGAACAAAAACCGAUGUCUGGCAACAACUUGUACUGGAUGAAACCAGGUGAAACUACGUUAGAAAUACAGCUUAGCGAUCCAAGCGAGGAUACUUUCACAGAAGUUGGUUCUAACUUCACUGUCACUGGUUCUUACAAAUACUGUUGUCAUGGAGUUUUCUGCCCGAGUUGUAAGCUGGUUCUCCGUCUACUUGUGCUCAAUGAGGAAUUCCUCUUAAAUUCUUCAUUGUCGAUGACAUGCGAGGAAAUCUUGUUCCAAUUUAAGAUUGAAGUAGGUGUUGAUCCUGGGGUCUACGAAAUUCUUGCCAACUACUCUCUGGUAGAGAACGAUAGAGAUCUGUCACCGAUGGAGAAACCUCUUGCAAAUGUUACUGUUGAAGCCGCUGUAUUGGUAAACUGUACCUCACCCAAUAGCCUUUGCAACUGGACGACAAAUGCAACUGAAGGGAACAUAAGGAAUGGAGGAGUGUUUCAUUUUAGGAGUAGAAGGAAUGGAGACGGAAAAAAUUUUUGGCUACAAAGUACUCCAUUACCAUGGAAACAAGCGUAUUCCAAAGUACCAACAUGUCUACAGUUCAAGUAUAAUACUUCAUCAACCAACAGGUCCUAUUUCUAUUUAAAAGUGUUUGUGAUACGACCGAACGGGAUGGAACUGCCCCUUUGGUCGAUAAAAGUUGAGCAAGGAAACAAGUCGACAUCCGCCCAAGUUUCUUGGGAAUCAGAACAAAACAUUACGAUUCGGUUUGAAGGCAUGGUACUCGAAAGGGGACAAAUGACGAUAUAUGAUGUGAUUGUAAAAACGUUGGAAUGCCAGCUACAACCUAUAAAUGCAACAGUAGAAAGGACACACUGUUACCAUGAUUUACGACAAGUCAAGUUUUGUAAUGAAUGUAUUGACUCUAAGAAGCUUUGUGAUGGAACCAAAGACUGUGCAGAUGGUAGUGAUGAGUUACAGCAUUGCAAAUUAAGGGAGAAAAAACAAUUCCAGUGUUUGUACGGCAGUUUCAUUCCGUGGUCAAAAACUUGUCUGGAAUCUGAUGAUUGUCAGGAUAACACUCACAAGCCAUCAAUUUGCGAAUCUUACGAGUGCCCUCUCAACGACUUGAGCUGCAAGAAUCCAGGGAACCCGGGGGACUCUUCUAAGAGAACGAACUGUGUUCGGAAAGGAGAUAAAGAAUGGCGAAUAAGCUGUAACUUAAGAAAAAGGAUUUCGAGUCAUGAUGGAUUUCAAGAAAGGCGAAGAAGCUUGAACUUUGGAAAAAGGAUUUCGACUCAUGAUGGAUUUCAAGAAAGGCGAAGAAGCUGGAACUUUAUAAAAAGGAUUUCGAUUCAUGAUAGAUUUCAAGCCAAAAAUCCUGGGAACUUUAUUUAUUUCAUUGGGGCUAAUUCAACGAGAAAUAUCUCUACAGACUUAAUAAAGCCUUCAAACAGCUGGAAGUGUAUGCGCUUUUGGUAUUACAUUCGCAAGAACCUGAAAACCUCGUCUUUAUCUUAUAAAAUUGAAGUUUUACUUUUGAAUUUUUGCCCAAAUACAACAAAGAUGUCGAAGGAGCUUCUCUCGAUUUCAGACAACAGGGCUAACCAAUGGAUUUUUGUACAGCUUCCUCUUGCACUGGAUAAAGACAGUGAUGCUCCAUUCAAAAUUUCCUUCAGGGGAACAGUACAAUCCAGCGGAAACGUAAAAUUUGCGAUUGAUGGUGUCUCACUUUCGCCGGAAAAAUGCGAAAAAAUACCAUUCACUAGCAAACAGAAUGGCUGUGACAAUUGUGAAAAACUUGAACACUGGAACAGUACCAGUGGUAACGCGACGUGGAGACUCGUCUCUUCCUCCGAAGUUAAAACACUACUGGAAAAUGUAAAAGGGAGUUCACCGCGGAACCAACUCAGUGCCGUUAGAGUGCUGCUUUUUAAUGCAACAUGCACAAGAAUAAGUGUUGAGAAAUGGCUCCAGGAGGAUUUAACUCAGGGUACACUGUGUAUGUGGAUUAGGACAAAAUUCUCAGGGCUACAGCUCGAGUAUAGGCAGAACACUGAAGAAUUCCAAGGAAAGACUUCACUUCAACUAGUCUUUCAUGAUACUCUGCUGAAAAUUAGCUUGCAUAGGAAAGAAUGGAACAUAUCUACCUCAGUAAUUGACGACAAAUGGCACCAUGUUUGCGCCAGCUGGAAAGUACCGCGUAGCGGACGUUUACGAAUCUACAUUGACGGACAAAUUAAACUGGAACGUGACGUUCGCGUGAAAAACCCAGUUACAGGAAAAGGGAACCUAAAUCUAGAGUUAAAGAAAGAGACAACCUCGAAUGGAACCAAUGGUUAUAUCAGUGGACUCAACGUUUGGGAUCACAUGCUCGAGUCACAAGAAAUAUGGCGAAUGUCUCUUGGCUGUGCAAAUGAAACAGGAAAUGCAGAAGCCUGGGCGAGAUUCCAAUCCUACUUGAGCUAUUCACCCCAUGAUCAGUGUUCAGUCACUCAGAUAGAGAAAGCUUUAUCGUGCCAGGAUCGCGAAAACGAAAGGAUGAUUCUUGAUACAAGUGGAGGUCAAGCCGAGCUUAAGAGCCCGUGGUUUAACAGGUCAGAUGUUUGGCAUGGAAAGUGUGUAAAGUUUCGCUUUAUGCUCGUUGGUUACGGAAAUCAAUCACUACAUUUUAUUCAAAAUGUUGCUCAAGACCUAGAGUCACCACCUAUUUGGGCAGCUAGAAACACUGACAGCUCACAACUAUGGCAAUAUGGACAGGUUUCAAUAACAGGAACAGCGCGUCAUCAAUUGAGUUUUAGAGGAGAAAUGGAAGCAGGGGACGAUGGCUCCAUGGCUAUUCAUAUUGGUGGUCUAUACAUUGUACCUGGUUACUGCGAGAUUCUUCCACAUGACCAAAUGCAAGGGAUUCGAAGAGAAGUCUCGCAGGACAAAACAACUGGUUGGAUUUUUUCCCCCCAAUACCCUGGAUAUUACACCAACGAUGCAUAUUACAAAUGGACCCUGGCAGCUCCACCCGGUCACAUUAUAAAGUUAGAGUUUGUUUAUUUUGACCUGGAGAAUAGCAGUUCCUGCUCACAUGAUUUCUUAGAAGUAAAAGAACCUCACAAUACACAUGGACCCUUUUGUGGUCAAAGCAAUCCAGCUGUUAUUAAGUCCGAGAGGAGAUGGAUGAUCUUACUCUUCAAGUCAAAUGAAAAAGUAGCAGGAGGGGGCUUCAAGGCUAACUAUACGGCAAUACAAGUUGCGAAUAUUUACCAUGAAAAUGGUUGUCCAGAGAAUUGUAAUUGCAGCAAGACUGCUGUUGAUCUAAAACUCGUUGUUCGAUGCAAUGGCCCAUUGUUGGAAUUUCCCAUGUUACCAAAUGACACCACUGUUUUGCAGUUGAGCCAUACCAGUAUAAGCGAACUGGAAGCAUGGCAUUUCCAGUACGACACAAAUGCGAAACAGCAUCUUGAAUUGGUCGAUCUCAGCUACAACAAGAUACUUUACAUUCAGGGCAGCGUGUUUCAUAACAUGCCUUCUUUACGAACCCUAAGACUAAACGGAAAUUUUAUCCAAAAUAUUUCUACUGAUACGUUAUGUGGACUCGGUGCCUUGCAAACGCUAGAUUUGGGCGACAAUCUGCUUUCCAAGUUGGAUGGUAACCCGUUUGGAAAUCUUACGAACCUUUCUAUACUGAGCCUUCGAUCCAAUAAAAUAGAAACCGUAGAUGGACUUUCAUUUAGUAACACCAGCAAACUGACUCACUUGUACCUCCAAGACAACAAAAUAUCUCAUAUCGAGGAUGGCCUAUUUCAGGCUUUAUCGAGUUUGAAAGUGCUGUAUUUGAAUAGCAACCAGUUAAAAACACUGACUUCUUUCACAUUUGAUGGACUUGGCAAACUUGAAACUCUCUAUCUGCAAAACAAUUCGCUGGACGAAAGGAGCCCUCAAGAUGUAUUCGAAAAAGUAAAGAAUUUGAAAAUCCUGAAAACCGACAAAUUCAUUCUGUGUUGCUAUGCCAAGAAAGCCAUUAAAAACCUGGACUGUACAAGCACUGACGACAAUGACUUCUCCAGCUGCGAUGAUAUGAUGAAAUAUCCAUCAAUCCGUGUGUGUCUCUGGGUACUUGGCAUCGUGGCCACUUGCGGUAACCUGAUUGUCCUUAUUUGGCGCGUAUUGGUACCCGACAACAAUCCUGUCCAGUCUCUACUCCUCUCCAAUCUAGCGAUGGCGGAUUUCCUAAUGGGUGUUUACUUAUUGACUCUAGCCGUACUAGACAUCAAGUGGAAAGGGGAAUACUUCAUGCACGAUGUCUCAUGGCGCAAUAGUCGUGCUUGCAGGAUCGUGGGAGCAAUUUCAAUGCUUUCCAGUGAGGUCUCUGUCGCGAUGUUAACUAUAACAACCGCGGACAGGCUAAUAUGCGUGGUUUUCGCUCUCAAAUUUGAGAGAAUGACACUUAAAUCUGCCUAUGUGGUUUGUCUGUGCGUCUGGGUUAUGGGUGUGGUCAUUUCCAUAAUACCCAUAUUAGACAUAGAGUACUUUCACGGCAAUAGUUCAAACGGGAUCAGCCUCUUCUCGCAGUCAGCCGUUUGUUUGCCUUUCCAGCUUUCCAGCAAGAAGCCCUCGGGUUGGGAAUAUCUUAUGGCUAUCUUCAUAAUCUUCAACUUUUGUUCAUUUGUUUUCAUUCUCGUCGCAUACAUGGCCAUUUACUGGACAAUGAUGAAACUGGUCAGCGGAUCAGCGUCUGCACAUAUGCAACGCGAGUCUGCACAAGCCAAUCGUCUUUUCAUCAUCGUGUUGACAGAUUUCUUCUGCUGGAUGCCAAUUAUAAUUAUGGGUAUCUUGUCUUUGACAAACACUACCGACUUUUCUGAUCUUACAGGCUUGGUUUAUGUCUGGGUGGCCGUGUUUGUCCUUCCUCUCAACUCAUCAGUGAAUCCAGUCCUGUACACUCUCACCACUUCGAACGUUAAAGCAAAGCUUAUGUCUGUCCUCUCAAAGUUUUCCAUUUGUAACAAGCAAGACCAAGGAAAUAAUCAAAAUCUGGAGUGACAGCGCACACUUAAAAAAAGAGAUACCCGCGAAACUGGAGACCUUAAGCAAGUUAGAGCAAAGAUUUUAAGAAGAGGAUAAAGUUCUACCAACUAAUUAUUUACGACACACCUUCCAUGAGGAACAAGUUACACGAUUCGCUUCGAUGUCUGGCCUUUGAUCUCGUGAUGCUUCUCAACUCCAACCAGGCGACGAAAGGUUCACUAAUCUAAUAAACCUGUCCGUACAGUGGCAUUAUAAUGUUAGCUUCGUGCAACACUUUUGAGGCUUGUCUUCUGCUUUAAAAAUUAACCUUCUUAGCCUCGUGAACACCUGUAAUCGCGAUGCAAAUAGGCCAUUUUUGAGCUGUCAUGGAACAUUUUCACUCUUGUCAUAAAACAUUGAAGUGAAGUCAAUUGAUAGCUUGCCGUAGUAUAACUUGUCACAUCUCAGUGACUUAACCCCGAUACUCGAACACCCUUGUUAUUUAUAUCGACUUUUUGUUUUCAUGAGCCAACAUUCAUAGUGGUUGUAAUAUAAUAAUGUACUCGAAAAUAUGUUGAUAAGGAAAAAAAUUCCGGCCAAACAACUUCUGUUCAUUUCUUGUAAUAAUUGAAGUCUAAUACUCCUAAUGGUUGAAAUGAGGUGGACUAUCUUGAGGUUGAAUGUCAAAAUACAUACUAAAAUUCAAAAGUCGAAUUACGACUUGGUAGAAUCAGGGAGCUAAAUAAACCAGAAGUAUUCUGUUAGAUCAGUACAUUUUAUACUGCAGGUGGAAGUAGGUUAGUAAAGAAAGAGAACAAAAGUUAAAAGAAGGUGAUGUGAGGGAAAAGUAGCAUAAAAAAAGACAUGACACAAAUUAUUCAUAAUUGUGAUGGGAAACAAAUGCUUGUUGGAAAAGUAAAAUUAUUGUUGCUCAGAAAAACAAUGGCAAAGGUGGAAAGCGAAAACUUAAUAUAUAAAAUUUAGUAUCAUUAAAAUAGACAUCUUGCACUUAAAACAUACCUCGGUUUAUUCUUCCUCUCGGUUGA